CAGUAUGUUCAGACUUAAUGUUGCUUCAAGUCUUACAUGAAAUCAACACGAUACUCAACAAAGCCUCACCUGUCACGUGGCAAAUCCAAAACGAGAUUUAGGAAGGAAGCGGACAAAGAGAUCGAUUUUGGUGAGCGUGGUUGACAAAUUUCCACAGAAUCAAAAUGAGUUACGACAGGAGGCCAACGGAUACAGAGCGUAUGUCAUCUUUAAAAGUUGACAAUCUAUCUUACAGAACCACACCAGACGAUUUGAGAAGGGCAUUUGACAAGUAUGGCGAUAUUGGAGACAUUUACAUUCCACGAGACAGGUUCACGCGGAAAAGUAGGGGGUUUGCCUUUGUAAGGUUCUAUGACAAACGGGAUGCCGAAGACGCAAUGGAUGCUAUGGAUAUGCAGAUGUUAGAUGGCAGAGAACUCCGAGUGCAGAUGGCAAGAUACGCUAGACCCCCGGACAGGAGUCGAGGAGGUGGCGGUGGUAGACGAGGAGGAGGCGGUUAUGGCGGCGGUGGAGGAGGUGGCUAUCGUGAUGGCGGUGGAAGAGACCGAGAUAGCAGGGAUAGUUACAGAGACAGAGACAAUUCCAGAAGAUCACGCAGAUCUAGGUCAAGGUCCAGAUCCCGUUCAAGGAGUCGCUCCAGGGGACGUUAUUCCAAAUCUAGAAGUCGAUCAGAGAGCCGUAGUCGUAGCAGAAGUCGUAGCAGGAGCAACAACAAAAGCAUCUCUAAAUCAAAAUCAAGAUCAAGAUCUCCCGAGUAAAAUAACACACUGGAAAUGUGUAUUUGAGUCAUUGUUGAACAUUUUAGAUAAUUUGUUGACAUCUAAAGGCUUCGUCAGCUUAUUUGAUUUCAUGUUACCAAGAACAAUGAUUAGUUGGUAGCGAUAGCAUCAGUAGAGUAUGUUUAAUGACAUUUUAAGAUAUCAUGAACUUAACACGUAACAUAAAUUCAGUGCUGAAAAAAAAAUUGAUGUGAAUAAUUCAUCAAAAUUUCAUACUUAAAAAUGAUUUAUUUUUAAUUUGGUGACAUAAAAAUAUAUUUAAGGAAGAGCACUUCACAUCGAUCAUUCAUUUUUAAAUGUACAUUUCAUUUUUUAACAACUUUCAUAAUCAUAUUGUGUAUGUGCAUUGUUUGUAUUAAUGUUAUAUUGUUAUAAUACAUUUAUAAAGUGGAAA